AUGGGCCAUCAGAACACCCUUCUCCAUCACUCUAUUAGCCCUCUGGUCGCUGUCGCUCCUGUACCUGCUGCACAUCGCCGUCGUCCGCCUCGACGUCUUGAGGAUACGCUCCCACCUGAGAUCGCCCUCAAGCCACCGCAUCGCCGCGCAGUCCCUCCUCGCCGCCGCACGCGUAGGGAAAAUAGCCAGCGUCAGCCGCCCACUCACUCACCCACUCACUCCGCUCCUCAACCGCUCCUCACCGCUCCUCCCCACCCACUCACUCACCCACUCACCCACUCACUCACCCACUCACUCACCCACUCACUCAACCACUCACUCAACCACUCACCUAAUCACUCAACCACUCACCUAAUCACUCAACCACACACCCACUCACUCAACCACUCACCACCCACUCAACCACACACUCACCUCCCUCCUUCACUGGUCGCUUCGCUCCCUGCCUCACCCCCCUCCAUCACCUCCUCCGUCGGCGCCUUCACCCAAAUCCUCAUUUUCCACUUUCCCCCUCCACCCCGAAAACCGCCUUACCUCCACCCAUCUUCCCCCUUCAUCGCCCUCUUUCGCCUCCUCACCUCCCUCUCCCCCUCCACGUUCGCCGGCUUCCACAACCCGCUGCUCCUCGACGCCCUCAAGGCCGGCAUGACGCAAUUCACCGCGGAACUCUCCCACGCGUACGUGAAUAAAUACAGCGGUAUGAAGUUUGGUCCUUUGACUGAACAAAAGAAAUCUGACACCGAACAUCAUAAGUCCGUUGACGUCCUUUCCGCUGAGGGCCGCAACUGCGCCAAGGUCUGCCUGACCAUACUGGAGAGGGUGAAGGGUGAUCUUGAUGGGUUAAGAAGUGGAUGUAAGAAACGUUUUUCCAAGAGUACAAUUAGUCGGUCUUCAGAUCUGGGAGAACUAUUUAAAAGUUAUGGUUACCGUGUUGCCAGCCACUCUAAGUCACAAGAUGGCGAGUUGAAGCGUCAUGAAGAUAUGACAGGUGAGAAGGUAUUUCAGAAGCUCCACGAGAUGAAAUUACAGAACACGGAAAAAAUAAAACAUCUCAAGGACUGUGAAUCCAUUGAAAAAGAUGAGCACGGUAACAAGAAGAAACAUGAUAACUUCGACAUCUUUGACUUACUGAAAUGCCUUCACCGUCACCUAGAAGAGUAUUACUCCGUCGGUCACAUAGCAACUUUCACCUCCAAGAAGACGCCGUGCAGUGUUAAUGAAAUGCUUUCUUGGUUCUCAGGUCUGCCGUAUAACGCUGCGUAUUCCACUCUAUUGCGUGACGGUUUCACUAGCCUCCUGCAGAAGCCUAAGCCCAAAACCAUACAGGGCGGCGACGAAUUUGAAGUAGAAUUAGAUGAUCUGAAGUCCUACUACAUAGAUGCUUAUCCAAACAGAAUCACAUAUGAUCACAUAAAUACUGCACUCGACCAUAUUUGUUCGAUAUCCUAUGACAUCUUGACGUCAAUCGCCGGUCACGGCGACGAAUACACAACGUACGCCGCUGACUUCUGCACCAACCACCUUAGCCUAUCAUAUCCUUCAAUUCCAUCUCAAUGCCUGGAUAUGCUUCUUGACAUUUUGCGUAGACUAUUACCACAGCUUCGAUAUUUGUUCAACCGAUGCAAGCUAAGUACUAAGCAUAGCGGUUGGUCGCAAUGCCUCUACGGCAGGGAUGUCUUCACUACCAAAUCACCAUGUAAUAAUCAUUCAAAUAGCAAACCAAACAGCCGACCAAAGUGCCAACCUACGUGCCAGGCAAACACAAAACCAAAUUGCCAACCAACUUCACCUUUAAUGAGUUACCUAACGGACUCGUUACCUGGUCACUUACCUCAUGACGUUUCUUCUAUUGGCUGUCGCUCUGUAUGUUCAACAUGUCCAAAUGGCAAGAAAGGCAUGCCAUGCUUAACACCUCUAGGCUUCAGAGGUUUCUCUGGGUCUACGCGUAAGGGUGAGGAGAUAUGUGAUAUUCUGGACAAAUUCUUCUCCAACUUCUAUUUGUCAUCCCUAUUCUGUCUCUCACCAAAGACCCCGGCUUCAUUACCUGAGCAGUUCGGGUUUGUUUUAUCACUAGUAAGUGGUUGGAAUAGUCCCAAGACAGAAGCUACAAGUCGCAUUAAGAAGUCCGUUGAAUCAUCCAUUGAGAGUGUGUCCAUUAACCUGUAUGAUCAACCGACGAAACUAACAGCUGCACUUACUAAUGCGUACCGUAAUACACACAGUAACCAUGGAGGGAAGGACCAUCUUCCUGCAUACUCUGAUGUGUAUAGUCUGGCGAUGACGUCAGCAUGUAAUGAUCGUGUCGGAAAAGCGUUGUGCGCUCCGUAUGUUGCAUCACUCUGCGGCGAUACGUAUGCUUACUUUGCUGAGAAGCACUGUAACACAUACCUCUCAUGGGCCAUAUACCUCCCAUGGACGUUCUGGGAUCUACUCAACAACUUAUAUAAUGCCUUCUGUUCUAUCACUUGUGCAGACUGGGGCUGCCGUGGAUGUCUCAGAGGAGACAAGUGCAGGAGUGGCAAGCAUGGCGUCGUUGAGGAUGAGAAGAAAGCAGAUGACACAUGUCAGUGUUCUUCAAUAGUCCAGUGUAAAGGAGUAUCAUCCACAUUCUACCAGUAUGGAUUCAGCUUCGGCGAGGCGUCGACGUUGAAUAGUGGUGACACAGUGAAGAAGUGUAAGGAUUUCUGCAGCCAAUUACACAAGGUGUUACAUUCUAAUUACUUUGGAAAAUUAUUCGAGCAAUGCGACGAAUACCUUCGCAUAAUCAGAUGGCCAUUCAUGUGUCUAUUGCUAGCCCUCUGGUCGCUGUCGCUCCUCUACCUGCUGCACAUCGCCGUCGUCCGCCUCGACGUCCUGAGGAUACGCUCCCACCUGAGAUCACCCUCAAGCCACCGCAUCGCCGCACAGUCGCUCCUCGCCGCCGCACGCGUCAAGGCACUCGCCAACGUCAAGUACUUCUCACCAUAA